AUGACAGGUCAGUGGAUGGGAUGCAGGUCCUUCACAUGCUGGACAAGGUUGAAAUGUCAUGCUCCUGCAUGGAUACGCACAUAUGCGACAAGAGCUGGAUCGCUGGCAUCUCUACCACCCAAAGUCGGCACGUAUUUUCAAAGGCGUCUAGGCGAUGUCGAACAAAAACACAGCAUGAACCAAAAUGCUAUUGUCGCGCCGAUAGAUUCGCAUUUUAGUAUGCAAGAAUUUCGGUGGUCGCACAUGCCACGAAAUGUGCUCUUUGUCAAGAAGCACAGUGACACGCGCGUCACAAACGCAUUCAAGGACGCUAUUCAGUAUUUACGGAAGACAUACGAUGAUAUCAACAUUAUUGUUGAGGAAUCGACAGCCCACGAACUCGCACCUGACUUUCAGGACUUGAUCUCGUUUCGUGUCGAGGAAAAAGCACUAUUGGCAGAAAAGACGGAUUUCGUCAUUGCCCUAGGUGGUGAUGGUUCCAUUUUGCAUGUGUCGAGUUUGUUUGAUCAGCACGCUGUGCCUCCGGUUUUGAGCUUUUCUAUGGGCACUUUGGGAUUUCUACUCCCGUACGAUGUUCGUGCUUUCCCGGAGGCUGUCAACGAUGUAUUUCACUCGCGCUUCUCACUCGCCCUAAGAAAACGCUUGUGCAUGGGGCUCUGGGAUAGCAGGCCGGAACAAUGUUUGUGGCUUCCGGGCGAGAAUUCAUGCCGCGAAUUGCAUUUUAUGAAUGAGAUGGUGCUUCAUCGCGGCAGUGAUCCCCAUAUGACCACGAUGGAUGCGUUCGUGGAUGGUGAGCAUUUGACUCGCACAGUGGCAGAUGGAUUGAUCGUGUCUACACCUACGGGAUCAACGGCCUAUUCGCUUUCAUCAGGCGGACCUAUCGUGCACCCUUCCGUGUCGACUAUGCUGCUGACACCUAUUUGCCCUCGAUCAUUGAGCUUCCGCACAAUCUUAUUGCCGGACAAUGCUCAGCUACAGAUAUUUGUGGCGGAAGAUUCUCGCUCACAAGCAGAAGUGAGUGUAGAUGGUCGUACGAUUCACACACUCAAGUCGAGACAAUCUGCCUGUGUGCAAAUGUCGCCCUUUCCCAUUCCUUGUGUCUCAUUUUCACCUGAACGAAAUGUGGCGCGUCGAAGUGGCUCGUCAUAUACUCAUACCGAUGAUGAUCGUUCCGUCAUUUAUGACAGUUGGGUUCACGACAUCAACGUGCUGCUACGUUUCAACACAUCUUUUACGCCGCGUGACAAAUCAAUAUCGGAUGAACGACAGGUCGAGGCGGCAUAUCGGGGAAAUAUACGCGCUUCACCUGCGAAACCCAAAAAAAAACAAACAUCCGAGUGA